AUGGGCGCCGCGUCGUCCACGGCGACCGUGAUCGAUGGCAAGGCGAUCGCGGGGACGAUCCGAGCGGAGAUCAAAUCAAAAGUUGAUGAUUUAAAGCGACGCACCGGUCGCGUCCCGGGCCUCGCGGUCGUCAUCGUGGGCGAGCGUAAGGACUCGCAGACGUACGUUCGGAUGAAGCGUAAGGCGUGUGAAGAGGUGGGGAUCGCGUCGUUUCACUGCGAGCUUCCGGGAACGGCGACGGAGGAAGAGAUUUUGAAGACGGUGCGACGAUUCAACGCCGACGCGAACGUGCACGGCAUUCUCGUGCAGUUGCCGCUUCCGAAGGGGGUGAACGAGGAGCGGGUGUUGGCGGAGAUCUCGAUCGAGAAGGAUGUCGAUGGAUUCCACCCGGAGAACAUCGGGAAGUUGGCGAUGAAGGGACACGAACCUUUAUUCGUCCCGUGCACGCCGAAGGGGUGCAUCGAGCUCUUGAAGCGCUCGGGCGUGGAGCUGAGCGGGAAGAACGCCGUCGUGGUCGGUCGAUCGAACAUCGUCGGCAUGCCGGCGGCGAUGUUAUUGAUGAAGGAAAACUGCACCGUCACCGUGGUGCACUCGAAGACGAAGGAUCCCAAACGGGUGUGUCGAGAGGCGGACGUCAUCGUCGCCGCGUGCGGGAGCGCGGAGAUGGUGAAGAAGGAUUGGGUGAAAAAAGGCGCCGUCAUCAUCGACGUCGGCACCAACGGCGUGGACGAUAAGACCAAGAAAGCGGGAUACCGCCUCGUCGGCGACGUCGAUUACGCCGAGGUGCGCAAGGUGGCGAGCGCCAUCACGCCCGUGCCCGGCGGCGUCGGUCCGAUGACCAUCUGCAUGCUCCUCAGCAACACCCUCGACUCCGGCGCGCGUGCGCUCGAGAAGUGA